UUACUCUAUGUCGUUGAUAACGUGUUUUAGUUUAAGAAAAAGGUAGGAAGGUGUUUUUAUUAAAACUUUAAUUAAAAAACUACAUGAAAUUUAAAUAAAGCGAGAUAAUACAAUUGAUAGAAAGUUGAAAACUAUUCUACGGGUAAAUUAAGCAUUUGAUUAAAAAGUUAAAAUGCCUAAAAAUAAGAAGAAGCAAGAAAGUUCGAGCAGCGACAGUGAUGAGGGUCCAGUUGAUAGAAAUCCACCAGCAGAGAAAAAAGCAAAAAUGGGUAAUAGAACUGAGGAUAAGGAACCAACUUGGGUGCUGCAGGGUAAAAAGUUAGUCAAGGUUCGAGAGUUUAAAGGAAAAGUUUAUGUAGAUGUAAGAGAAUUCUAUGAGAAAAAUGGAGAAUUGUUGCCGGGCAAGAAGGGUAUUAGCUUAACACCAGAGCAAUGGAGGAAAUUGUUGUCUUUGGGUGAUGAAAUUAAUGAAACGAUUAGUUCUCUUGGUUAAGUGUUUUUAUAACUUUAAUAAAGAUGAAUGUUGUUUGGC